CAGUCUCCUGGUGCAGCCCCUUAAGUCAGUCAAUAGUCAUAAUGAACCAAUCAUCCCACCCCGGCUUUGUCUUAAAGUCUGGUCCUUGCUAUUCUUUCUAGAGAAUCAGAGAGAAUCUGAUAUUUAGCAGUUCCCCACUUCUUACUUACCUUGAACUCAUCUAAGUCCACUCACGGCAGCCGGCUAUGACUCCUAAUUCCUGGAGCCCCAACCCGGAACCGUCCAAAAGGACUCUCGUUUCACUUCCGCAGACCCUCUCCUCCUUCCACCAAUUCUGCCUCCUCCCUGGCGAACUUCAAAACCUCAUCUGGGACCAUGCGGCGACCACAACUUUCUCCCCACAAAUUAAUUUCUUCAUCCCGCCCAAAGCCACUCGCGCUCUCCCUGGCAACCCUGUAUCCUAUGCUUCCAAGGAACUAGAGCCCGACGACCACCCCCUUCCUCUUGUACCACACCCACAAUCCGCCUGUCUCGGCCUAGUAUCCCUCUCGCUGACCUGCCAAGCCGCCCGGGCUGCUGUGUGUCGCCGCAACAGAGGCAUCCAGCAGAAGACAAUCCUGCGCAUCAGCUACAGUCCUACCUCGGCAGGACAAGAGAUAAUUCCGCGCAUGAAUCUUAUCCUGGAUUUGAGCAUAGACCUAAUCUGCCUCGGCGGCCCUGGAGGGGGCGGUAUGAGUAAUUCUGACAACGACGAGCCGCCCGUUGUGGACUACAUGGAGGGGAACCAUAUCCUGUUCGCGGGAACCAGGAGGCUUGCGAUGCGCUACGAGCGCGGCUGGGACAGACCUAGUCCGGGAUCAUUUCACCACGACGUGCGGUGUCCAGCGUUGACCCGAGUCGGGGGGGAAAGCAGAUUCUGCAGUUUGUGUGUAGCAAGGCUGAUAGAAAGGUUUGACUGGCUAGAGGAGGUUUAUCUCAUCGUUGAUGGGGCCGAUGCUGGGGAUGGGGAUGGGCCGCCGGGUGGAGGGGGCGGUAGAACGGGUGAUGGGCGUCUGGGUGGUGAGCAAGGUCGGCUGGAUCGGACGUCCAUGACGCCAAGGGUCUUCAAGUCGUACACCCGAACGUACUUCAGUGUGGAUAAAUCGAGGGUAGCUGGUGCUACUGCUGUGGGAGAGGCAACUGCAGUCCUGCGGAGGAUUAAAGCGAAUAUGAUGGUUCCAGGACGUUUCCAGGCGCCAUGGGUGCGGAACCUCAGGUUUGAACUGCUGACCUGGCGGGAUGAGUGCUAUCUGGGCACAUAGUAUUGUAUGUAACCAGUUUGCAAUCCACCACUAUAUAAACGCGAUAGGGGGGGAAAAUGCAAAGGCGCCGAGACGAUCUGUGUAGGUGUCAAGCAGCAGCUGUGAGUAAUGUGGUUUUAACCAUAUACCCUGACGUGCUGAACUGCUCAAGGAUCUGCUGCCAAAUCUCCCGAUUAAUGACCAUGGCGACUGAUGAAAGGAUGGGCUCGUCAGCGAUUCUACAGGCA